ACGAAAUGUGGAAUGACGAAGUGCUUUUCCAUGUAAAAUCUGGAGUAAGGGCUUCAUUAGCCACUAUGGCAAGCCAACAGAAAAAUGCAGGAAACUUCUUAAAGGUGGAGGGCAACAUGGAGCAUGUGGACAGUAUUCAGAAGUCACUGGAGAAACUUCAGAGCCUUUCUUUGGAGGGCACAACAGAGGUGCUUCGGUCCAGGAUAAAUGAACAGUCAAGUCUGAUUUGCAUACUGAAAGAGAGAGCAGAUGAGCAGCAUGUUCGAUGUCAAGCCCUUCAGAAAAUUAACAUGGAGUUGGAGAGCCAAGUAACAGACAGCCAGAAACAACUGGAUGGUGAAAGAAAGAAAGCUGAGCUCUUAGAGAAAAGAUUUAUGGAUUUAGCUGCCAAUAAUCAAGCAAUUAUUGCUUUCAUGGAUGAGUACAAAGCUCAGAAUGACCAAUUAAAGCUAAAAAACAAAGAGCUUCUGUCAGAAAAUGAAACACUUUUUUCCAAAAAAUUACAAGAUAAAGAAAUGCAUGCUCAAAAACUGCUGCAAGAAAGCAAACAGCUGACAGAGAUAUACACGAAUAAGGAAAAUGAAUAUCGGGAGAAAUUAGCUGAAUGCCAGUCAAAACUUCUAGAACAAGCAACUGAACAUCAAGCCAAAGAGACAUCACUUCUUGAUCAAUUGAACAAUUUGCAGAAACAGCAGAGAAAUGCUGUACAGAUGCACAAAGACCUUCAACUGAAACUCCAAAAGGCUGAAGAAGAGUACGCUUUGAAGGAAACCAACAUGACACAAAGCAUAACAAGGCUCACCAAAGAGAAGGAGAAAUUAUUGUAUCUGUCUAUGGAAAGAGGGAAAGUCAUACAGGAGAAACAAGAAGAAAUAUGGCGCCUGGAGACAAAAUGGAAAGAAGAGAAAAAGGCCCGGGUCGAAGCAGAGGACAGGUUUGAACAAGAAGCAGAAGCUGUUAGUACGGAUAUCAAAGUCAAGUCUCUCCAGUCUGCUCUCGAUGAAUCCAUAAUAAAAUACAGGAAUUUCAAAAAGGAGUUUGAAGCCUUCAAAGAGCACAGCACCAAUCUCCUUACGCAAGAAAGAGAGUUAAAUAAGAAACUUCGUCACAUGAUGGGCUAAACGUUAGCAUUGUUUUCUUACCGAGGUAAAAUAAUUUUCACCCGGUAUGUUUUCUCACUGACAUUCCUAACAAUAAAAAAGGACAACAAAAGUA